AUGCCUUACUCGGUACUACUUUUCCUCUUCGUGGGGAUAUGCUUCGGAUUCGAUGGACCUCAGGAACCGAUUCGGCCUACGUUAGGACACUUGUCCGAACGGGCGCGUGGAGGGGAUGAAAUCCCCCCACCCGCCUUCCACUCAAUCUCGGUGGAGCCGUUUUCAUCGACAGGGACGCCGCAUACGCUGUCGCACUCUGGAAAUUUUGAUCAUUCCCCGACAUGUGUCCAUGGAUCAAAUGGCUCAGACAGGGACAUCGAGCUACAGUCAAGAGCGAACAAGCUACCUGAAGUAACAGACCAGAGAGCACGAACGAGCUUAGGAAGUCCAAGCACUCAUGUUAUCGACGACGAAAGCCCUUCCAUGUGGGAAGCCUGUGGCAUUUGCUUCGAAGAUUUCGACGAGGCGGCCCUCAAUCAUUUAAAACAACAGAUUCCCGAUCAACCUCCAUUGGGAGUACAACAAUUUCCAGAUCAACCCGCAUUGGAAGAACGACAGUUCCCUGAUCAACCUAUAGUACAGGAAAAACAUAUUAGUGAUCAAAACACAUUAGAGAUACAGCAGCUAAAAUGUUCGCACAUUUUUCAUAAAGAAUGUAUCAACAAGUGGCUCUCACAACCAGGUCGCGCAUGCCCAUUUUGUCGGGAUGGCCUGAUCACAGCAAAUUCCAAUACCCACGAUACAGUCUUAUCGGUUGGAGCGGGAGUAACGGACCAUGUGAUGCUUCAUGACAUGGGUUUAUGCGGGACUAUAUUGAUUCGAGGCCUCUUUGUGUUUGUCGUUAUAAUGAUGAGCGUCCUUGCAAUCAUGAUGAUUCUGUCUAAACGCACAUUGUUAUUGUCCAACUAG